CUUCCUCUUCCCCGUUGCUAUUGUCAUUGCUAUUGUCGAUAACGUCUAGAACAUCUUCCCUCGAUCGAAGCGCCAAAGAUUGCCUGUGGGUUGAACUCCGUUGAGAAUCACGUGCAAGAGUGUUGGCGGCGGGAGCGACCGAGUUGGGGCCAAUCAGAUCGCAGGAUUAGCCACAAUAAGUUACUCCACUCUCCAGUCUCACCACCUUCCUCCAAGUCGCACACCAUCCGUCCAACCUCAGCCAUCCCCCGACCUCCGAAAGGAUUCGUGGACUUUCUUCUCCCUUCCCUUCGUUCUAUCUAUACGAAAUCUUGCCGAACUCGAAUUUACUUCAAAGUGUUCUAUUCCUGCUGGCAUCCAACCACAAGCGGAUGCUUCACGUCUCUCGCUCCAUGAGCCUCCGCCAGGCAUCCACUUUCGCGAACUGGUCCCAUUCAACGUAGAGCCAGUUCGCCAUGCCCAACUCGAGCACAGGCCGAUCGUCCAAGAAGAACCUCGUCCUCACUGCUCUCCUUUUCUCCUCCCUUGCCACCGCCUCCCUUGCGGCUGCUCCGCAGCAGCAGCCCCAAGCCGGUUCGGUCCGCGAGCAUCGCGCUCCUUCCGACGAUGCCGACUCCAUCCUCCGCACCAUCUCCUCGCGUCAGGAUGCCAUGCAUCCCGCGGACCGAGAGAAGUUAUCCGAACAUGACCGCUUGACCCAACCUCGCGGUCGAGAUACACCGGUAUAUGUCCCGAACAUCGAAAACGAUGGCGCCGUUGCGACACUUGCUCCAGCUUACGACCCCGUGGAAGAACGAGUCUCCCGGGGUCGGGCUGUCCGAGCCUCCCAAUCUGCACGAUCCGCUGCCGGGUCCCGCCCAGACUUGUCUGCUGAACGAUACGAUGGCCUCGCCGGAGGCCGCGGAGUCAGGGCACCUCGAGCGCGAUCACUGCAGGAUUGGGAAGUUGAAAACCUAGUGCUUCUGGCGACCGUUGAUGGGGCGAUAUAUGCGAGGAAAAGAGAUACAGGGGAUGAGGUGUGGAGGUUUUAUUCCGAGACGUCGAUGGUGCAGACGAUGUAUCAUCGAGACAAUUCCUCGCGGAGAACACCCACAUCGGGUGGUGAAGAGGAAGGUGAUGACGAUGAUGGAUUCCGUGAUGGAUAUGAAGAUGAACACAUGACCGAAGUGGGAAUCCUUUCCAAAAACCGGGAAGAUGACUUCAUGUGGAUAGUAGAGCCCUCACUGGAUGGGGCGCUUUACCUGUUCGAUCCCCACUCUGAGGGUGGGAUGAAGAACCUCCAUUUAACAGUCCGACAACUUGCGGAGGAACUCUCCCCUUACGCUUCCGAAGAUUCUCAGUUCGUCUAUACGGCCGAGAAACGGAAUACCCUUUAUACAUUGAACGCUACCGAUGGAUCCGCAUUGAAAUUCUUCAGCGCGGGCAAUUCUGGAGUCACCACUCCAGGCGACAAAUGCAAACCUCUCCGACGCCUGGAAUCGUUGGAGGAUGAAGACGACGAGUGUGAACCGACUCCAACCAUUUUACUCGGUCGAACCGAGUACACAGUUGGAAUACAGAAUGGUGAUACGGGUGCCAAGAUCUGCACCAUCAAGUACUUCGAGUGGACGCCGAACAUCCGAGACCGCGACCUUCAAGCUCAAUACUCCUUCACAAUGGACAAGCGGUAUGUGUACACUCGAUACGAUGGUAGCAUCAUGGCUCUCGAGUACAAGCACCACCAGACGAACAAAAUCGAAGAGGGACUUCGCACUCCAGAGCGGCUGGUAUAUGCGAAGAAGUUCACGCAUUCUCCUGUAGCGCAGGUCUUCGAUGUCGCUCGACCUGUCAAUGCAGAUACGCGCGAUGCCACACUCGUGGUGCUCCAGCAGCCGGUCGCUCCCAACACUCUGAAUCCGACGACCGACCCCUUGGACAAUAUCGAUUCCAUCUUCAUCAACCGCACAGACCAUGGCUCGUGGUAUGCAUUGAGCGAAAUGCACUAUCCAAGCGUCACCGAUGGGGCAGCUCGAGCGAAGUGUUAUGUCCCUGGCGAGCCAUCUGUAUUAGACGGCGAGACCGACUUCUGGUCAAAUCCCAUUCAUGGCGGCUGUGCGGACCUCGUUGGUGUGCAUAACCUAUUUGCGCCGUCAUCAGGAGGCAGCUCGGGCACGGGGGUUCCAACGAUUGAAGGGCCGCGAGACCUUGUGGGGAUUAUCGAUUACCAACCUGCAAGUGAGGACCCGGCUCUUGCCUACAAUCGGACAAGCCCGCCGAACGAGAAGAAUUCGUCGUGGAUAACCCCCCAAGUGUUCUUUACCGUGAUGUCCUUCCUGGUCGUCGCAUUAGCUGUGGCGUUAAAGGACUCCUCUACCAUUUCCACGUUGACGUCCAAUAUUUGGGCCGAGAAAGCGAAACCCUCCGUUCUGAUGCCGGACAAUAACAUUACAGUUACUAGAGUGGAACCCGACAACUCUCGACUCGCCGCAAAGAAUGCGCCCUUGGAGGUGGAGAGAAAGUCUGUUCGAUUCGCAGACGCUGACACCGAUACCGAGAACUUGCUCGAGAGAACCGAAACACAAGGAACAGAUCCAGCUGCCGAUGAAGCGGAUGGAACAGAGGCUCGGGCUUCACCUGAAACUGCGGAAGACGCAGCUCCCGACGCAAAUGGUGAAGGCAGUCCCGACACACCGAAGAAGAAGAAGGCACAUCGCGGAACGCGGGGUGGCCGACGACGAAAGAAGGCAACCAAGAUCGCUGAAGAUGAAGCGGACGAUUCAAUUGAGAAGGUUGUCGAGGGGGUGAUGCAACUCAAUCGCGACCCAGGUAUCCAACCUGAUGAGAUUAGUGUCGGUGUUGAAGGAGUUUCUGAUGUUGGCGGUACUCUUCAAUUGAAUAACCUGGUUGUCUGGAAGGAUAAGAUUUUGGGCUAUGGUAGCGGUGGGACUAUUGUUUGCGAGGGAACAUUCGAGGGCCGACAAGUUGCAAUAAAGCGGAUGCUUCCACAAUACUAUGAGUUGGCAUUGCAAGAAGUCUCCUUACUUCAGCAGAGCGACUACCACUCCAACGUCAUCCGAUAUUUUUGCCAGCAAAAAGACCCGAAUUUCCUCUACAUUGCAGUCGAGCUCUGCCAGGCUUCGCUGUUCGACCUUUUCAAGGAUGGCUGUGGAAUUAACGGCCUGAAUGAGCAGCAGCUGGAGCUCAAGAACCAGAUCAAUUUGAAUGUUCCUGCCGCUCUGUACCAACUGGCCGAUGGACUGAACCACUUGCACAGUCUGAGGGUUAUCCACCGGGACAUCAAGCCGCAGAAUAUUCUUAUUGCCCACCCGAAGAAGACCCAAACCAAGGGAGCUCGCUUGGUGAUUUCCGAUUUUGGACUCUGCAAGACUUUACCCGACAACCAGUCUACAUUAGGUCCGACGACGGGCAAUGCGGGGACGGUCGGAUGGAAAGCCCCUGAACUGAUCUCUCGCCCUCAUAGCGGCGAAGGGAGAAACUCCAGCACCGCGGAAGACUCGCGCAACUCGACCAACUCUACCGAGGCGAUCACCCCCGGCUUCAAGCGCUCGGUGGACAUCUUCUCGCUCGGCUGCGUGUUCUACUACGUCCUCACCAACGGCGCCCACCCCUUUGAAUCCUCUGACGAUUCCUGGAGCGUGAUGCGCGAGGUCAACAUCAAGAAAGGCCUCCUCGACCUCAGCAAGCUGAAAAACCUCGGCCCCGACACCGAGGAGCCCCUCCAACUGAUUGAAUGGAUGCUCAUGCCGAAGCCCGAGGACCGCCCGACCGCCAAACAGGUCAUGAACCAUCCCUUUUUCUGGACCCCCGCCAAACGCCUCUCCUUCCUCUGUGACGUCUCCGACCACUGGGAAAGCCUCCCGCGCGACCCCCCCUCCCCGCAUCUCCAGGUCCUUGAAUCCUACGCCCCCGAGGUGCUCAAGGACGCCGGCAACAACUUCCUCUCGCGGUUGCACAGGUCGUUCAUCGACACACUCGGCAAGCAGCGGAAGUACUCGGGCGAGCGGCUGCUGGACCUGCUGCGCGCGCUGCGGAACAAGAAGAACCACUACGCGGACAUGCCGGAGGAGGUGCGGCUGAAGGUAGGGGACUUGCCGGAUGGGUAUCUGAAGUAUUGGACCGGGCGGUUCCCGUCGUUGUUGAUUUUGUGUUGGAUGGCGGUUCUAGAGUGUGGGUUGAGUCGGGAUCAGAGGUUUAGGGAGUAUAUAGAGGGGUUGGAUCGAUUUAGCCUGUAGCUGAAAUUGCAGAUCGUUUUGGUUUCUUGGUCCCAAAGUGCAGUACAAAUGCAAUGGCGCUUGACUGUCCCAGACGGUAUAAUCUCGCAAUACGACAAAUCACUCUUCUUGAUAUGGCAUUCUUCCAUAUCACCGUGGCGCAACCGACACAGAUAACAAAGUCUUACGAGUAGCAAACUCAUGGGGCUCGAGGUGC